AUGGCGGCAAAAUUUUUCAAAGACCCCAACGGUAGUGCAGUUCUUAUCGACAAUGGUUUUUGCCGCGAGUGGGCAGAAGAGGCCGGCAGGUUGGCUUUACGGGAACUUGAGUCCCCGUGCUCAGAGAAUAUUGUCGUCUUCCUCAAUCUGAGCCUCUUCUGGUACAGCAUGGGUGAGUAUCGAAGGGCGGCCAUGCAAUCAGGUAUUGCCUCAACCACAGCAUGGACAAUCGGUAUACCCUUCGCUCGGCAAGAAGGAGUAGAUUCUCUCGAAGCUGAAAUUCGCCGAAGGCGUUUCUGGGCUUGCUAUCUCCUCAAUACCUUCCUCCAUGACAGCCUCUUUCCCAAGGUGCCGACAGAAGCCAUGCUUCGAACGAGCCUUCCUUGCUGGCAGGAGGACUUCGACACCGGGAGACCGCAAGGAGGCGUCACUCUGAAGUCAAGUCAGAGCAGUCAAAGCAUCUACGCCGAACUCAUUCGAGCAAUGUCGUUAUGGUCCGCUGUCGUCACCCUAACUGGGCAACCCGAGUCAAAUCUGGCGACACGACUGAGCGACAUUCAAGCUCUCGAUGGUCGUAUCCACGAUACAUAUUCUAUGCUUGCUCCGUGUUUUCAACUAGAUCCCACCAACAUAUCACUGGUGCCUCCCAAUGACCUAGGUAAUCUUCUCUUGCUGCAUAUCAUAUAUCACCAGUGCUGGUGCUCUCUCCACUCCUCCAUUGUCCCGUUGUUCUCGUGGAGUGCUUUCGACGACUCGUGCGCGUAUGCACAGCAGUUGUCGGGUCAGACGGCACUGGAACACUCAUAUGCUGUAUCAUCGCUCUUAGAGGCCACCUUAGCAUCGGACUGGGACGCAGAACGAUUGCCGAGCUUUAUUGGAUAUGCUGCAUACGCAGCAUGUGCCAUACAGACACCGUUCUUAUGGUGCUCGAAACCGGAUGUUAAGCAGCGUGCCGUGCGUUGUAUUCUAGCAAAUCUUCAGACGAUGCAAGUGAUGGGUAGACAGUGGCAAUUCACCAAGAUCUUGGGACGAUUCGCACGUGGUCUUUACAAGCUCCACGGAAGCCGCGUGGUUCCGUUGACAGAUGAGCCCAAGAACAUGUCGCCAGCAGCGUUGAAGGGGUUCAAGACGUCCAACCCACGAGCGCGGCUUUCGAUCCUGACGCAUAAUACCAUCAUUGUCAGUGAGGAGGGUUCCUUUGCCAGAGGAGCAGAAGAUAUUGGCGAUCUUGGUUUGGACGAUCCAGAAACCAGAGACUCAAAUCUCGAGGAGGAGGGAAUAGCGGCCUUCAUAGCGCAGAUCUCUCGGGAGUGCAGAGAGAUGCACGGCCAGUUGCCUGUGAUGUUGGAGCCGUUCUUACCGUCAGAGAACCUGAAUUACUACGAUUUUGGUGGAGGUUUCGACGCUGACAACGAAGCGGCGACUCUGGAUUCCAUGGGCCACAUUGAGGAUUGGAUUUCUGAACUUCUGCAGCAGGGGGGAUGA